AUGACUCCGAACAAGCUGCCCAGCAGCAAGAGCCGACAUGAGAGAGAGCUCACCUGCAAGAACCGAACCAGCAACAAUGGUGGCCAAUCGCCUAGAGUUCGACCCCGGAAUUUCCUUACUAGCUCCCUUUACCCCAAGCAGAUUCAGACAUGCCGAUUGCGAAGCCAGCUGGGUCCCACCUCCAACCUGGGAGCUCUCGACAUUCUGGGCCGGGUCUUGACCAGUGGCUAUGUAAAUUGCCGACACAAUAUUGCUAGCAUGGGCAUUGAAGCCACCCAAAGCUCCGGCCAUGGCCGAACCAGUCAGAUUCUUGAGCAUGUUGAGCUCAACCAAGGCAGCUACACUUGUCUUUAA